ACACACACACAUAUGUCCUGCAAAGCUUGUCUCAUGCUGAAAGAAAAGAGGGGAGCAGCAGCAGAGUGGACUCGCUGUCCUCUUCCUCCCAUCCUGCUGAUCCCACUGUUGUCCCAGGUGGUGACAGUCAGUGAAAACAGAGCGAGGCCAAAGAGACGGGGGCGUUCUUCAAACCCUGCAGAGCGAGGGGUCGCUUCAGACCCACGGAUUUGUUUCAACAAAGAGGAGCUCUGAUCUGAGAGGAGGUGCUGAGCCUUCAGCUUCUGGGACCGACCUCAGGAUGUCCCGGAGGAGGUCUACAGGGGACCUGGUGCCCAGCGACAUCACUGAGAUCUUAGCCAGGGAGGUGAGGGCUCAGCGUGGGCAGAGGAAGUCGGGAAGCUCUCUGGGACAGGCUCUGAGCUGGCUGAGGGGGAGUCGGAAGAAGAAGAACUUUGGUGGACGCCACCGUCAUUCUACCAGUGUGGCAGAAAACAAGCUGGGACUUCAGAACCACGAUGCUUCAAAAG